AUGAUUCAUGCUGAUCGCGUGCUGCCACUAGCCAAUCUCUCUUCCUCCUCCUGGUCGCCCUCCUAUCGGCCGUCCAGCUUCUGUGCCCGAGACCAUUUAGAAAGUCUCAUUGCCAGACACGGUCACCCCACCCGCGUUUCGUUGUCAUCGCUCCAGGAGUUAACCGCAACCUCAUCUACAUAUAACCCACCUUCCCCCGACUCGUCGAGCUCAGACACAUCAGACUCCCUCGAGACCCUCACUCUCACCCAGUCAACCUCCCGGCCUAUUCCCAUCCCCAAGCCGUCUCCCUCCCUCCGCGAUAAAGACUUUCCCGUCACCCCUCUAACAGGGCGUUUUGAUAAAGGCUAUUAUUUUGCCCAUCGUGACCACACCCCCGAGGGGCAGCGAGAAAGGGAAUUCCAUCGCAAGACCAGUCGAUCUGGUCAUCAUCACCCUCAUCGUUCACCCUCGUCCAGAAUGCGUUCUGACAGCUCAACUUUCUACCCGUCCGCCAUCUCCCCCGCCAUGUCUCCAGCUGGACGUCCCUCCUCCCCGCAGCCCUCUCGCUCGCAGGGACAAAGCACCUCCAAGUCCAUGCCUGCCUUCCACUUAGGAAGCUUGCCACGAUUCCAUCCUGCAGUCUAUCAGUCAUCCGGCAGCACUCAAGCACAGCCUUCUUCACCACGCCAGCCUCGACAGCACGGGUAUCGCACGUCUUCUGGCUCCCGUGAUGGAAUGUGGCAGUAUCGAGACUUUGUGGAUGGGGCUGCCCUGCCCAAGACUCCUGGAACCUUAUCGCCGGGCCCAUCCGCUCCGCGACUAGACCCUCUUCGCAGCCCUGGCCCGGUAACCCCGCUGGCGCUGGAAGAGGCCAGUGGUUAUCUGACCUCGGGCCCCUCUAGCUCUUCCGACUUCUCCUCUCGAGAACACUCUGGGCCGGCCCCAGAUAUGGUGGACAGGCUAAUCGCUCGGGAGACCGAACGCAACCGACAGAAAGCCAUGAAGCCCCUCAAAGGCUUCUAG